GUCAGCGUAACAUUUCGAUUUGCUGACACAUGAGAAUUGGAUGUUUUGCGCUUGACAUGUGUGUGGUGUUCGAUUAGAAUUUGCUCGUGUUCUAGCUGACGUCAGGGGCGGCAGUGUGCCGGUCAAGUGGGGAAGGUAAAACGUCGCGAAAGGGUCGCUUAACUUGUGCGUCAUAACACGGCAGAAAAGAGAGAAAUUAAGGGAAAGAGUGAGACACAAACUAGGAGAGUCGUACAACGUUUUAUCGGCCAGGGUUUUCACGGCAAAGUCGAGAUUACCUCAGAAAGAAAGAGAGAGAAAGGCAGCCUGGCCGUUCUUUUCAUUGGCAGGUGUGUCGCUUUCGAUUUUCACAAAAUCUUAGGUAGUUUAUCUGGGGACGUGCAUUGAUUUGCGAAUGAAGGGAGUGAUAAGAAGAAUAGUGAGACAUUUGAUACAAAUCAAAUACACGAAUGAACUACAUUAGAAAUGAAAAUAAUAUAAAUAACGAUUUAAGUGAAAAAUAAGUGUGCAUUUAACAGUUGGAUAUUUAUUCAAGUGGAAAAUAAUGGCGAGUGGUACUGCAGAAAAUAAUAGCAAUAUUCCCCAAUGGAAAAGAGAUUUAAUCCAAAGAAGGCGCCAACAGAAUAAAGCUCUCACAGGUAAUGGCGUAAAAGUAGGUUCACCUACAACAGGAUUUCAAGCAGAUUCAAGUAAUACUAAUAAUUUAAAUCAAAAUCAGUGCACUGAUGCAUCGAAAACAAGAAUAUUGGAAGCUCGGGGCGACAACAACGCUGGUGGCCAGGUCACAGCGAUGUCAGGAUUAAUAACACGAACAACCGCCAGUGGCGUUACAGUCACAACUAAUCGAAAAUCUCAUGAAAGCUUGGAUACCGGUGCCACACUAGUCGCGUGCAACAUGCGUCUCGAAGCAGAUGCUUCACUUUGUCCAGCCUUGGAGGAUACUCCAAAGUUUACUACUACAAGAAGCCAUAUUCAUACUGAACAUUCUACAUUAAUUGAUCAUUUUGAAAAUGAAGAUUGUCAUACCUUUACAAAAAAAAAAGUUAUAAAACACGGUGAAAGAGAUGUGGUAAAUAAAGAGUCAAGUGUUUGUGUGUAUACAGAAUUGAGAAAGACAAGAAUGGAUAAAUUUGAUAAUAAUAUUAUGCCAGAAAAUGGCAAAACUAGUAAUGAAUGUGAUAGUGAUAGCUCCGAAGAGCUCCAAUAUGGCCCAGGCAUUGUUAAUAGGCUUAAAAGUAAAUACCUUAACCUUACACUUCGUGAAAUGAAUAAAAAUCGAGCAUCUGUGCAACGAUUUAGACGAGCCGCUAGUUUAGAAGACCUUUUAGAUUGUAAUGAUGAACCUGAAAAAGUUGCAACUAAGUUUACAAAGAAAAGUAUUCCGACCGGAGUUGCUGCAAAAACUGAAAGGUACAGGAAUGCAACGCGCGGAAAUGAUUCUAUGAAACGUGCUCGGAGUGUUGAGGCUUUGAUGAGAUAUCAAGUAUCUGAAGAUACUGGAAACAAAUUAGCACCUGUAAGACAAGAACCAGUUAAUGAUCAUAUUGUCUUGAUUGAUAGAACUGCCGUGAAAAUCGAAAGUAGACUGAUGGAUAGUGAGAGGCCAAAAGCACUUAAUAAACCUAAGAGAUUGAAGCCAUUAUUAGCAGAAACCGAGAGACCACCACCAGAUCUAGUCAAGACAACAAUGAGAAUAUUUGAAGGUUCUGUCAAAAAAUUAAAACCUAAAGGCGAAGUAGCAGCUAAAGUUGCCACAUUCAAAACUAUUAAUGAUACAUUUAAAGCUCAAUCUAUGAAAAAAGUUAUUACAAAGCCUUUAAUUCAACCAAAACCAUUCAUCAAUGGUACCAGUAAAAUACCAGGAUCCUCAAAAAAAAUUGUUUUACCAACAAAACCACCUACCGCUGAAUUAAUUGAAAAAGCUGAUGCAUCUGAAGAAUAUAAAAAUGAUGGUGUUGUUACUGAUCCAAUAGUUCAGUCGGUUUCUUCUGUGGUUAGUAAAUUUCAGCAAAUUGAAAAGUCUCAUUCACCAUCUCCAUCGCCAGAACCAACCCAUAAAUUUAAGUUUUCUCCUUCUCCUAGCCCUGAACCGCCAUUAUUAAAAUUUAAAGUUGCUACAGAAACUGGUGCCAAAUCUCCGCCAAUAACUCCACAAAUUUCUUCACCAAUUAUUACAUCACCAGUCUCACCAAAAAAGGAUUCAAUUUUCAUUUCUGAAUCACCUAAGUCUCCGCUUUUAGACAAAGAUCCAGAAACUGAUCAUUCAAAACAAUUAGUGACAAAUUCAACAAUCGAAGAGCCAAAAGUUGAAGAAUAUAAGUGCGUGAUCUCCGAUGAUUCUAUUGUAGAUACGAAUGAAGAAACAGUUGAUGGAGCUAGAACAAUAUCCAAGUCUGCUUUAGAAAAUAUCAGCAAAGCUGGAAGUACAAUGCAAUUUCAUUUUGAACAUGAUUCACCUUCGAAAAAAAGUUAUUUGCCAAGAAUUAUUUCGAAUGGUCAGAGCUUGGAAACAAAUGAAAUACCUAAUAGGAGAUUAGUUGAAUCAAACCUGACAGAUAAUUCAGAUAAUCAAAAAUUUGAACAAACUGCUUCAGCAUCUAAUAAAAUUCAAGAAAGACUAGAAUCCAGUGCUGAAAUAGAAGCAAAGGAUGAUGGACAAACAUCUUUAGGAUCAGAACAAAAACCAAUUGGAGCAAUUUCAAGUCUUGGAUUGGCUAAAACCAACACUUCUCCAGCUAUUAGCAAUGAAUCUAAAAUUGUCAAAAAUUCAAAAGUGGAAUCAACACCUCCACAAAAACAGAUAGGAAUAAUUCGUCCAUUAGUAUCAACCAAAACACAAAUGCCUCAGCAAAAUUUAAGUAAUCGUGAAUUAGAAAAAAAUUUGAUAAAUCGUGUAAAAAGUAUAGAGCAACCAACUAAGGUUGUAGUUAGCCUAAAAAGUGCUGAUGAGAUACAACCAGUGAAAAAAAGUAGCUCAGGAAGUGGUGGAUUGUGGGACAUUAAGCCGUGGAAUCAACAGAAUAACACGAUGGUAUUUAACUUUAGUAACAGGAAGGACGUACCAGAUUAUAUUGAGAACGAUGGCCUUAUAAUCCGGCGAAAGAGAGAAAAGCCAAAGGUUGGUGAUGGAGGAAUUAUUGUUCUGGAUGCGACUUUGGAUGCUUCAACGACUGAUGAUAGUGAUUGUGAAUUGUCUCGUAGUCCACCUUCACCUUGUGAUGUUUCAUUUCUAAAUGAUAAUAUUCUUAUUAAUGGACGUAGUAAUUUAUCAAAAAAUCCAAGAAAUCAUAAGCACCGGAUACAGUUUGAUGAUACAGCGACUCGUACAUUCGAAUAUCCCAGUGAAGCAUCAAUACUCGAGGACGAGAGUAGUUGUGUUGAUGGCGAAACUUCCGCUUCUAGUAAGCAAUUGUCUACAAUUGAUAAAUCUACAUCAUCCACUUCAAAUUCAGGGGCAAAUCCUAUUCUCGGUGGAGGUAGUCUAGCUACUUUUACACCAAGUAAAGUGGAUUUGACUUCUGAAAGCUUUGAACUUGGUGUCACAAGAACUUCCACUGUGAAUCCAUCAUCGAGUACUGAUCAACAACCGAAGCAAGAUGAAAAUCAUGAAGAAAGUGAGGACUACCUCAAAUCAGAUGUCGCAGCCUGGGGCGCUGAAGCAACAGCUGAUCUUUUGUAUUAAAAAGAUUCCUUUGACAUUAUUAAUCUAUUCCGCAGGAUAACGGGAUUUUAUUUUACACUUUUGAUGCUUAAUGAAACAGUAUCAUUCCAAGUAUUUGCAUUUAUUUUGUAUUAUUUCGAAAGUAACUAAACAUUAUUUGAAAAUUAUUAAUGGUAAUAAUGAUAAUAAUUAUUAUUAUAACAAUAAUUAAUAUACAUAAAUUUAAUGAAUUAAUGAAACUGCCAAGAGUACUGAGACUUGAUGUUUGUUGGAAAAAAAAACAACUUUUUUCAAAUCAAUGAGCAUUAUUGCAUAUCGUUUAUAUAAAUGCAUCAAUGCUAAGCAUCUUUGCAUAUUCAUCAAAUUUUCGAAUAAUUUUUGAUAGGAAGUAAAACUAUAUAAAUUAAUGUUUUAACGCCAAUACAUCAAUUAAAAAAAUUUUGAAGCCUUUUUAAGAUUACUCAUGAGUGAGAGGGAGAAUUAAGAAUGAUUGUAAUCACGUAGAUAUAUAUUAUAAAAUUUAAUAAAUUAUAAAUUUAUAAGACAUUUUUUGCCAAAGUAGAAUAAGUCUACUUUAGGUUUGAUCAUGAAAUACUUUAAUGAUAAUAGCAAAAAAUAAUGAAACAAAAUCGAAAAGAAAAAUUAUUUGUAAGAAUCAUUCCAUUUUUUUU